AUGUUUCAUUUUUAUAUUCGUUCUUUAUUCAUUUUACCCCCGACAUUUUCUUUUCUUGACUUUCUCUACCUCAUUUUAUUUCAUUUCUUUCUUCUAAUUCUCCACAUUACUUCAUUUCAUUUCUUUCUUCUAACUUCGCUUCUCUUAAUUGGAAAUUGCUUCCUUUUUAUAUCAGUUCUCUAUUGCUUGAACACUCUACGUGGCUUUCCUCAUUUCUUUUUCUACCUCACUUCAUUUCAUUUCUUUCUUCUAAACUGCCUUGCUUCCUUUCUAUAUUGGUUCGUUAUUCCUUUCAGCCUCGACAUUUCUUCCUCUGGCCUUUCUCCGCUUGACUCCAUUCCAUUUCUUUCUUCUAACCUUUCUUCUAUCUUAAUUCGACGAUGCUUCAUUUUGAUAUUGGUUUUUUAUUCCCUUUACUGUCUACAUUUCUUUUUCUUGCCUUUGACUGCCCUUUUUUUAUGUCAUUUCUUUCUUUUAACAUUGCUUUUCUCGCUCCUUCGUUUCUACAUUGGUUUUUUUUUUACUUCCUUUUACCUUCUGGAUUCCUUCCCUCUUGCCUUUCUCUGCUGUACUUUAUUCAAUUUCAUUUUUGCAGCCUGUUUUCUCUCGAAAUUUCGAAAUACCUUCAUUUUUGUAUUGGUUGUUGAUUGCUUUUUCUCUAUAUAUUUCAUUUUUUGA